GCAGAAACCAAGGAACUUGAGACGAUUGAGAUGUCGACCUUCCGUGUGGGAGGGAAGGUAGUGGACAAGGUCGAUUUAUGUAGGAAGAAACACUGGGCAUGGCGCUUGGAUGUUUGGCCCUUUGCGAUUCUUUAUGCUACGUGGUUGACUGUGAUCGUUCCCAGCAUAGACUUCACGGAUGCCACCAUCGCCUUUGGUGCUCUUCUUUCUUCUCAUAUCUUAGUCUUGCUCUUCACUGCGUGGUCCGUUGAUUUCAAGUGUUUCGUCCACUUUAGCAAGGUUAACAGUAUCAACCAGGCAGAUGCAUGUAAAGUUACCCCAGCCAAGUUUUCUGGUUCCAAAGAAGUCGUGCCUCUUCAUUUUCGUAACCUAAUGGCAGGUUCGGCAUCCUCAGGAGACGUGGAGGAAAUUUUCUUUGACUUCAGAAAGCAGCGUUUUAUUUACUCAAAAGAGUUAGGAGCCUUUUCGAAGCUUCCUUACCCCACGAAGGAAACAUUUGGCAAUUACCUAAAAUGUACCGGUCAUGGGACAGAAGCUAAAGUUGCAACUGCCUUUGAGAAGUGGGGAAGGAAUGUGUUUGAUUAUCCGCAACCUACAUUCCAGAAGCUAAUGAAAGAAAACUGCACGGAACCAUUUUUUGUAUUUCAGGUUUUCUGUGUGGGUCUUUGGUGCUUGGAUGAAUUCUGGUAUUACAGUGUGUUCACACUAUUCAUGCUUUUGAUGUUCGAGUCAACGAUGGCAAAAAGUCGCUUGAAGACAUUAACCGAACUAAGACGUGUUAGAGUGGACAGUCAGACUGUGAUGGUGUAUCGAUGCGGGAGGUGGGCGAAGCUCUUAGGUACAGAUCUGCUGCCAGGCGAUGUUGUGUCCAUUGGGAGACCUUCAACCCAGACGGGAGGAGAGGAUAAGACAGUACCAGCGGACAUGCUAUUACUGGUAGGAAGUGCUAUUGUAAAUGAAGCCAUUUUGACAGGCGAGUCAACUCCCCAAUGGAAGGUUCCAAUUGUUGGCGAAGGAUCUGAUAAAAAGUUAUCAAUCAAAAGGGAUAAAAAUCAUGUUUUAUUUGGCGGGACCAAGAUCUUACAACAUUCACCUGACAAGUCGUUCCCUCUGAAAACCCCUGAUGGUGGCUGUCUAGCUGUUGUUCUUCGAACUGGAUUUGAGACAAGCCAAGGAAAACUAAUGAGAACAAUUUUAUUUUCUACGGAGAGGGUUACUGCAAACAGCUGGGAGAGUGGUCUCUUCAUAUUAUUUCUAGUUGUAUUUGCUGUGAUAGCUGCGGGCUAUGUCCUUGUAAAGGGUCUCGAGGAUCCUACAAGGAGCAAAUAUAAGCUCUUGUUAGGCUGUUCAAUUAUCAUCACCUCAGUGAUCCCACCCGAAUUGCCUAUGGAAUUAUCCAUUGCUGUCAACACUUCAUUACUUGCUCUUUCUCGUCGUGGGAUAUUUUGCACAGAGCCUUUUAGGAUCCCUUUUGCCGGGAAGGUUGAUCUAUGUUGUUUCGAUAAGACUGGUACACUGACGUCAGACGACAUGGAAUUUCGAGGAGUUGGGGGAUUGUCUGAUUGCGAAGAAGCAGAGACUGAUAUGAGCAAGGUGCCUGUACGCACAUUGGAGAUUUUAGCUUCUUGUCAUGCCUUGGUCUUUGUAGACAACAAGCUGGUUGGUGAUCCUCUUGAGAAGGCUGCACUUAAAGGAAUUGACUGGAGUUACAAAUCUGAUGAAAAGGCCUUGCCUAGAAGAGGAAAUGGCAACUCGGUGCAGAUUAUGCAGAGAUACCAUUUUGCUUCGCAUCUGAAGAGAAUGUCAGUUAUCGUUUGUAUUCAGCAGGAAUAUUUUGUGUUUGUGAAGGGUGCACCAGAGACCAUCCAAGAUAGGCUUGUGGAUGUGCCAGCAUCAUAUAUCGAAACAUAUAAGAGAUACACACGCCAAGGCUCUCGAGUUCUAGCCCUUGCAUUUAAACGACUUCCUGAUAUGAUGAAAGUCGUGUCUGUAAUACCCCUUACAGACGUAGACAGUAGAAUUUCACUGCUCAUCUUUGAGGCCAGUGAAGCUAGAGACAUGGAGAGAGAUGCUGUUGAGAGUGACCUUACUUUUGCUGGGUUUUCGGUCUUCAACUGCCCCAUUAGAUCAGAUUCAGCUACCGUUCUCUUGGAGUUGAAGAAUUCAUCUCAUGAUUUGGUGAUGAUAACAGGUGAUCAAGCUUUGACUGCUUGUCAUGUUGCAAGCCAAGUGCAUAUUGUAUCGAACCCAGUUUUAAUUCUUGGUCAAUCAAGGACUGGUGACGAAUACAAGUGGGUGUCACCUGAUGAGAAAGAAACCAUACCCUACAGUGACAAAGAGAUCGAAACCCUUGCAGAGACCCACGAUUUAUGCAUUGGAGGUGACAGCAUUGAAAUGCUACAGGCUACAUCUGCUACUUUGAGAGUCAUUCCGUUUGUUAAGGUUUUUGCAAGAGUUGCUCCACAGCAGAAGGAGCUAAUCUUAACCACGUUCAAAGCGGUAGGAAGAGGGACUCUUAUGUGUGGAGACGGGACAAAUGAUGUUGGAGCAUUGAAGCAGGCCCAUGUUGGAGUUGCCUUGUUGAAUACCAUAUCUCCCUCGGAAUCAUCUAAAGAUGAUCCAAAGUCAAAGUCGAAAAAGUCCAAACUGCCAUCAGAACCAGCGAGCAAAACCGCAAUCCAGAAUGGGGAAGGAUCAUCAAAGGGAAAGCCUCAAAACCGCCACUUAACACCUGCGGAGUUGCAGAGGCAAAAGUUGAAGAAGAUGAUGGAUGAACUAAACAGUGAUGAUGGUGAUGGUCGGUCAGCUCCCAUGGUCAAACUUGGAGAUGCAUCAAUGGCAUCUCCCUUCACAGCCAAACAUGCCUCGGUUGCCCCAGUGACAGACAUAAUCCGACAGGGUCGUAGUACACUUGUGACGACUCUUCAGAUGUUCAAAAUUCUUGGUUUGAACUGUCUCGCCACAGCUUACGUGCUAAGUGUUAUGUACCUAGAUGGUGUGAAGCUCGGGGAUGUCCAAGCUACAAUCAGCGGCGUAUUAACAGCUGCGUUUUUCCUCUUUAUUUCUCAUGCUCGACCGCUUCAAACCCUCUCCGCAGAGCGACCCCACCCGAGUAUCUUCUCCUUGUAUCUCUUCCUCUCUCUGCUUGGACAGUUCGCCGUUCACAUAACCUUCUUGAUCUACUCGGUGAAGGAAGCUGAGAAACACAUGCCAGAGGAAUGUAUCGAACCAGAUGCAACGUUCCAUCCUAAUUUGGUGAACACGGUGUCUUACAUGGUGAGCAUGAUGCUUCAGGUUGCAACUUUUGCUGUGAACUACAUGGGACAUCCAUUCAACCAGAGUAUCAGGGAAAACAAACCCUUCUUCUACGCGCUCAUUGCUGGAGCAGGGUUCUUCACCGUCAUCGCCUCCGAUCUGUUCAGGGACCUGAACGAUUCGCUGAAGCUGGUUCCUUUACCCGAAGGUAUGAGGGAUAAGCUUCUCCUCUGGGCUUUACUUAUGUUCGUCAUCUGCUACUCGUGGGAGCGGUUGCUUAGAUGGGCUUUUCCUGGUAAGAUUCCUUCUUGGAAGCAUAAGCAAAGAAGUGUCGCUGCAAAUCUGGAGAAGAAGAAGAAGGUAUAG